AUGUCAUUCUCCUCUCAAGACGAGCCUGUUGAGCUCUCCGCCCGCGCUCCCGACGAAGCCAAAGAAAACCCCAAUGAGCUUGAAGCCUUUCUCGCCCUCUCCAUCACCUCCAUCGAUGACCCCACCGGGCCCGGGAUGUUCGACGACGAGGCCAGCUACUCCCCUGAAGUGGCUGAAUACCCCGCCAACGAGAACUACGAUGGCACCCCCAAGUCCACCGAAGCCAAGGCCGACGAGGAAACUUUCAACGACACGCCCGUAGGCACUGAAACGCCGCCUCUAUUCGCGCCCGGAGCGACGCUCAGGCGCCAACGCCACCGCCGCGUCGUGACAAAGGACUGGAGGGACUUUAUUGCCACGGUGGAGCAGAAGGAGGAUGGUACAUUGGUUGUUCCCGGCAAGGAGGGCUUGGAGAUGCCGUUGAUGUGCCAUAGCUGUGGGGCGGAAUUGGAGGAUGAUGAGCCGCAUUGUCAGAUCUGA